UUAAAAUAUUUAUUUCGAUGUUGCGUUCUUGCCAUGCAUCGAAAUCGAAACGUGCUUACACAAAACACAACAAAGUAAAAUUUGAAUUAACCAGCAGCAGUAGCUAUAAACGUGCGACAAGUUCGACGUGAAUGCUGAAUUGUAUGCUUAAUCGAAAAUGAAUACGGACGAUGAAGAGCGUGUCUGUCUGCGUUCAGAGGAAGAACGCAAUAUGGACGACAAAUUGAUGAGCGACGAAGUGCAUUUACGUACACUAAGCCAAUCGCCAUUAGCGCUGCAACGCCAACAACAACGUAGAUUAAGCAGCUACAGCACGCAGAGUACAACAAAGCCCACAACUCCAAUUCAACGACGGCGCUGUUCCGGCGGAAAUGCCUUUACUAACAGCGACGAAUAUGAACAACCACGUCCGCCAUUGGCACAACAUGAGAUUCUCGAGCAAGAUGAUAGCAAAUACCCGCGCGUGAAUAUGGACAAACCCAUAGCCAUGUCGUUGACCCUCGAUGUCACCGAUAAUGGCGAUAGUGGCGUGGGUGGUGACGAGGAAGCCGACAUGGGCCUCAGUAAUCCGGCGGCACAAAUUGGGGAUAAUGAUGAAGCCGUCAUCGCUGCUGAGGUUAACGAUGAGGAUGUAGUCGACAAUAGUAUAUUGCGUGUGAAGCAACUGCCUGAUAUGUCGAAAAUUCCACGACUUCCUGGCGAUGGCGCCCAAAUGGACGAUCAGCAGUCAUCAAAUUCGCUGCAAAUCUCUGCAAUGGAUAACAAAAUAUCACCGAAUUUGGGUCGAAAUACAGCCGUUGCAGGACGUGGUGUAGGCGGUGGUAAAAAUAAGCCAAUACGUGUACAAUCCGUGCGCAUUGUUGAACAGAGAAUGAAGCUGGGGCCCAAACGACGCACCGAAAGCUGCAGCAUAUUCGCCAACACCAGCAAUUAUGAUUGUGAAGCAGAGGAGUGCAAACCGGUAUCUCAGCCAAGACCGCUCACCAAUCAAACGUAUUCGGCAUUCAAAAGUGCCAAUGUUGUCAAAGGCAUCUUGUGCCCUUCGCUAACGAACUCAUUUAAGCAGCAUUCAUUGGAGCGUUCUUAUCUGACUUAUACACAUCGUCAACGCCAAAAGUCAUUGAUCAUUGUAAAUCUGGUCGAUUUUAUGCUGAAAAUAACGCUAGCACUUAUUUUGUUCCUUAAAAGAAAUAAACUUGAGAAGAAUACGCUCAAUGAAAGCUACAACAACAUAACGAAUAAUGGAACAGAAGAAGUAAAAUUGACAACUUCAAUUAUCUGGUCUGUUUGUUGUAUUGUGGCUAACUUAGGCAUUUGUUGUUUGGGCUUUUGGAGAUGCUUUGCCAAUAACUAUUUGCAUUGGGCCGCCGUAUGUACGUGGGUUUUAAUGAAUAUACAAGGUUUCGUUGGACAAGGUAUAGGUUUCACGUAUCGCGAAUACUUGGUCUGGUACAUCCUGUUCGUAAUAUUUGUGCCGUAUGCAAUGCUGCCGUUGCCACUGAAAUGGUGCGUCGUCGGCGGUACCAUCACUGCUAGUUGUCAUCUGGCCGUAAUUACCAUAAUAAAAGUUAGGCGGAAAGAACAAUCUGACUGUAUAGCAUUUCAAAUGUUCGCAAACUUCAUUUUGUACACGGCAAUUAAUGUGGCUGGCAUGUACACCAAGUAUCUGACGGAUCGUGGGCAGCGCCUUGCUUUCAUCGAAACGCACAAAGCCAUGGAACAUAAAAAGGAGUCGGAGAAGGAAUUGCAACGUACCCAAAAGUUGUUGGAUUCAAUAUUGCCGAAUAUUGUGAACAAUCAAAUCCGCGCUGAAAUGUAUAAAGGCACCGAUCCCACUGUCGAAACACAAUUUAACAAACUCUAUGUGUAUCCGAUGGAUAAUGUCAGUAUACUUUUUGCCGAUAUCAAGGGUUUCACUGAGUUGGCAAGUAAAACAUCCGCCCAACAACUGGUCAAAAUUUUGAAUGAUCUAUUUGCUCGUUUCGAUCGCAUCGCCGAGGACAACCACUGUUUGCGUGUGAAACUUUUGGGCGAUUGCUAUUAUUGCGUGUCACAGUUUGAAAGCGACAAUUGGAAGACCCGACCGGAUCAUGCGGUAUGUAGUGUGGAGACUGGCUUGCACAUGAUAAAGGCCAUCAAGGAUGUACAGCUGCACACGCAUGUUGAUUUGAAUAUGCGAAUCGGCAUUCAUAGUGGUUCGGUGAUGUGUGGCGUUUUGGGCAAUAAAAAGUGGCAUUUUGAUGUUUGGUCCAACGAUGUUAUUAUUGCCAAUCACAUGGAAUCUGGCGGUAUUCCCGGACGUGUACACAUCUCAGAAGCCACACUUAAGUGCCUCAACGAGGCCUACGAAGUGGAGCCGGGCAACGGUGGUAGUCGAGACAAUCACUUAAAAAUGUUGAACAUCAAAACGUAUCUUAUAAAGCGCACCGAACCAUUAAGACCAAAACGUCGCUUUGGCACGCGCAGCAGUAAACAUUUGGCCAACACCAUUUGCAGUGCGCCCGGCUGCUCGGAUGUCAGCACUCCUGCUGCCGUCACAACACCCGCCAGCAUAGACUCCAAAUCCAUAUCUACCACAACUGGUGGCGAGGCGCAACAGCAACAGCAACAACAAACAAACUUAACACCCAAUCCACUUCCACCACUUGUUUCGCUGCAAAAGAAGAAUAUUUCGGUAAGCUCAUUGCCAAAUGUGAUGGAAGGUGUAGCGUUGGAUAAUGGCAGGCGUGUGGGUGAUGGCAUCAAUGGGACAGGCAAAAAUGGGGGUGGCGGCGGUUCAACUGGCUUGUCAACGGUGUCAUCACCUACAGCGAUGACUGAGCCCGCAGUGGUUCACCAGCAGCCGUUAAAAUUUAACGGUACCGCAACUAGUGUACAGAAUCUGACCAGCGCACUCGACCCAAAAGCAUUAAUUAUCGAAGAUGAACCAACCACUGAAUGGACACCGGAAAUUCCAUUUAAAAAUCUCAAUUCCCCACAAGACGGUCUCAACCGAAGUGACUCUGUUUUAUGUGAUACCAAACAUGAGAAUGGCCUUUCAAUGACAGUGUUGGAUGAAGAGAUUGACGAUUUUAUAGAACAAAAUAUACAAAUAAAUUCCAAUAAGGAAAUUCGCCGAGAGUACCUGAAUACAUGGACUUUGAAAUUUAAAGACUCCUGUCAAGAACAAAAGUUUUGUCAAUUGCGUGAAGAUAUGUUUAGAUCAAAUAUGCUGUGCAUUUUUAUUAUAUGGAUUUUUAUUGUGAUGUGCCAAGUCAUUAUCAUACCGCGUUGUACCAAAUUAAUUAUUUGUAUGGUGGUAGGUACAAUAUUUUUGACGUUUGCUUGCGUUCUUGUCAUGGCAGAGGAGUUUUCAAAUCUCCCAAUUUACCUGAAACAAAAUUCCGCCAAACUGGUGCAUCAACGUCGAAGACGAACAUUUUUCAUUUGCAUUGUCAUUGUAUUGAUGUCGGUUUUAAGUGCAAUUGGCUUAGUACUCUGCCCGGACUCGACGUAUGCUUUUGAUAACACAGACAACAAUAACAUUACUACGGCUAGUAACCAGUUACAUAGCAAUUACGGCAUUAACAAUUCAGUUACUGCUCUAAUGGCAAGUAAUAGUGAAAAGGAAAUCAAGUUGAAUGUCUACUUGUCGGCGACAAUACAUCACAAUAUAACGAUAAAUGCAGCAAAUGGCACAAUCGUCGAUGCAUUCAUCACUGACAAUCUAACAGCAGCACCAGCUGGCGAUCUCGUGCGCCAAAGUAUUGUUAAUGCGUUAAACUUAACACAAACGCCCAUAAAUCUUUUGAAUGCGACGUCGAACAAUACAAUCGAAUCCUUUGAACAAUCUCCACGCGCAAUUUUAUUAGCAGCCGCCGCUGCUGCUGCUGCUGCACCGGUCUUCAACGGCAACGAAAAUGAAUCGGAUUUGGCUUAUGUAAAUAACCUGGAACUUCUCAAUAGUCUUUCCAACGAACUCAAUGCCUCAGAGGAGUUGACCGAAAGUAGAAAUGAUUGCGCACAUCCUGAGUAUAUCAUUUUCACUUGGGUGUUGUGUCUUGUUUCGCUAGCGACGGCCUUGAAGCUCUACUAUCUCAUCAAAACAUUCAUGGCCAUGGCUAUGGUCGGCUGCUAUAUGAUCUUAAUUUUAACAAUAUUUCCGACGCUCUACGCAUCGUCAGCUGCGUACUUUGAUUAUCAACUUAUGGCGAUGCCUUUGGAUGUGCAGAUGAUUAUAUUGCUGUGCUCAUUUUUGAUAAUGGUCGGCUACCAUGCCCGUCUUGUUGAGGUCACUUCGCGUUUGGAUUUCAUUUGGAAGGAGCAAGCUGAGCGUGAAUUAAUGAAUAUGAAAUCGAAUCGGGCACUCAACGACACAUUAAUUAAGAACAUUUUGCCUCAUCAUGUAGCUGCUUAUUAUCUCUCCGACGAGCACACAGAUGAAUUAUAUUCGAAAAAUCAUUCUCUUUGUGGUGUUAUGUUUGCUUCCAUUCCUAAUUUUCAGGAUUUCUAUUCGGAGGACAUCGACAAUGGAAAAGCAUGCAUACGAAUUUUAAACGAGAUUAUAUGCGACUUUGACGAACUCUUGGAGGAACCACGUUUCGCCUCCAUCGAGAAAAUAAAAACGGUUGGCGCCACCUAUAUGGCCGCUUCCGGUCUAAAUUCAGCACAUUUGCUUGCAAGUGGAGAAACAGCGGAAGAUAGCGUUUGUGAUCUGGUUGAGUUCGCUUUUGCGAUGAAGCAAAAGUUGGAGGAAAUCAACAAGGAAGCAUUCAACAACUUUCAACUGCGCGUGGGCAUCUGCAGCGGACCAUUGGUGAGCGGUGUGAUUGGCGCGCGAAAGCCGGUCUAUGACAUCUGGGGCAAUACGGUGAACGUGGCCUCACGUAUGGACUCCACCGGCGAGAAUUGGCGCAUUCAAGUUUCCACCAAAACUUCGGAACUAUUAAAGGCCAAGGGAUACACGUGUGUGAAACGCGGCAAGAUAAAUGUGAAGGGCAAGGGGCUAAUGGUCACGUACUUUGUGCAUCCUAAAGGCGCCAGUGAAAGUCAAUUAUCUUCACCGGUACGGCUACCGGCGGGUAUGCCGCUAUCGCAGACACCGAAUUUACAACGCCAAACAUCGCAUCAUGGCUCUUUCAGCGCCGUAGUGUUUGGCAUGUUGCAGGCAUCGAAGCGUAGCACAACCAUUGCGGGCACACCGACUGGCACUCCCUCACCGCAAAUAAGACGUGGUCGAUGUGGUAGUACCUUCAGUUCGGUGCGCCUAUCGCAAAAGUCUACCACCACCAAUAACCCGGUGAGGCGGAAUACAACACGAGUGCGUGGUCGCUCAUAUCGACAAAAGAAGAGCUCGUCCAACAACUCGAUUGUAACACAGACCAGUAACUCGUAUAUAUCGUCAUUUCGAGGCAUCGAUCAAAUUGAGACGACACUGUCCAAAAGUCAUAACGAUGCUUUAUAGCCUAUGCGCAAUUGGGUGUAAAAUGCACCUCUGCAUGGCAACAUAACUUAUUUUAUUUAUUAUACUUACAAUUAGCUAAAAGUAGUUUAGAAUACAUAUUUACGUAUAUACGUGCAUAGAAUUGGUGCAACACUUUGUCGAAAGAAACAAUUUUAAAAACACUUCACAGUGAUCCCUUUGAUGUACUUGUAAACUGAUUUCAAUUAAGCAAAAAGUGCAUUUAUUUUUGGAGCGUUUUUUAAGUUAGAUAGAUUCAUAAAUAUGUAGGUAAAAUGUAUAAUAUAUAACAUAUGUAUGUGUAUGUACUUAAAUGUCUGCAAUUCAGUUACAUACGGCAAAAUGAAUGUGAGCAGAUUUAGCUUUAUUUUAAUUGUAUGUAUAAAGAAACUAAGAAGUGUAAGAUGAAUUUUAAAAUUUCCCUAGAAGUUAAGCAAUCAAAGGACAACACUAAGCAAGCAUAUUUCAAUGUAUGUGUGCACAUGUGAAUAUAAGUAUGAUACCAUUCUUUGAUAACAGAACCCUAUGGUAUAAUACAGGCGGAGGCCCCAAAAGGAGUUUUUCAAGGCCCUGUACU